AUGAAAGGCGGGUGGCAUAGCUCAGAAGUGAAGCGGGACGAUCAAUUUGUAGACCACUGGGUGAAAAAAGCAAACAAAGAGCUAGCUAGUACCGAUCCAAACCCAGAGCCUCCCCUCACAAGAGAACACAAUGGUACCGAGCAAAACGGUUUAGGUCGUACAGAAAGCCGCAGAAUACCAGAACGUGGUGGGAAACGUAUAAGCCCAGUUCAAUACCAGGCUAUACAACCACCUCCUCCUCCGCCCUCAGCACCACCUAGUAGCAUGCAGGCUAUGACCUUCCAUACCUCUUUCAAUCCAUAUUCCCAACCAUCGCCUCCCCCUCCGCCUCCACCUCCUCCUCCUCCUCCUCCUCCUCCUCCUCCACCGCCACCGCCACCUCCAGCAUCAUUCGACCACCUCCCCUUCCUCCCAGAAUGGGAAGUUAACACAGCCCACCAAUUCAUCCCCGCACGCUCCCUCGGCGUACCCACCAACGACAUCUCCAGCCACAUAGUCCGCAUCGUGCCUUUCCGACGCAACGUCUUCCUAAUGCGUCACCAAGCCUAUGCUGCCGACUACCAAGAAUACGAGUGGCUCUUCCGCCAUGCAGACACAGGCAUCUGGUACGAGAAGCCCAGCAAGUCGUCUUCCUCCAAGCACCACCCCAAGCGUGACGACGAGCCCUUUUCAACACCCCAGGACAAGGUCCUUGCUGUGCCCAACGCAAAGCCUUUGAGUCUUGAACUACCCAAGGUAUGGGCCUCUGCUGCUCUUACUACCUUACUCGACGACGUCAGUCGCGGGACCGAUGCCGCUAGCUCCAGCGGCUCCCAGUACCAAAGUACUAGUCUCGCGCAGUCUGAUAGUAUGCCACUCGUCUACUGCCUAGUCAUCAGCACCUUUGACGCCGACCACACCUUUCCGCCACAAGUGCAUUACAAAGGUCGCCAUAUCUACAAGCUGAUCAAGUGCGGGAGCCGCGAAGCUGCGGUUCUCGAGGCGUUUUAUGCGGCGGGUGUGCAUGGCUGGAAUGUCCUGUUCACGUGCGUUAUGCGGCUUGGGGAGGAGUUUGAGGAUAAGGCUGGGAAGGCGAUGAAGGUGAGGUUGGCGCAGUUGGCGAGGGGGGAGAGUGAGGGGGAGAAGGAGGGUGUUAGCUUGUUUUACUAA